GGCGGCGCCGCCAUUUUGUGCUGAAGCUGCCUCAGGAUGGAGUCGAAACCCGAACCGGAGCUGCCCGCCGCCCGCCGAGCCUGCCGACUCACCGCCCCGCCACGGAGCGCCGCUCCACGCACCCCUCCGCACCGCUGGCAGCGCUGAACGGCCUCAUGGAGCACAGCGGACGCGAACGCGCCGGCCCCGGCUUGGGAUGGGCCCGACUGGGCCUGGCCGGGGCCUGGCCGAAGCUGGCGGCGCCCAGCGCGGCGCCCGCCGGCGGCUCGUCCCAGGCGAGCCCGCCCUUCUCGUGGCUGCGCGUGGUGUCGCAGCUGCUGUCGCCGCUACCCGCCCUCCUGCAGCGGCUGCUGCCCGGCGCCGCGCUCAGCUCCGCGCUGUGCCCCGCCAAGGCACCGCCGCCGCUGGUGCUGCUGCCCAAGGCGGACACCGGACUGGACUGGACCGAGGAGAAACUCCCGGAGAAGCGGCCGGAGCCGCCGGCGGGGCUGUGGGGAGCAGGGCUGGGGAGGAACAGCCUGGGAGCCCUUCCCAUGGAUUGGUACGUGCUGGGCUUGGAGCAGGGCAAGAGCCACCUGCCGCAGCCGCUGCGAGCCGAGGGCUUGCCCGAGGUUGAAUUCCUGCGCAGCAAGCGCCUGGCGUUCCUCCAGCGCUGGCAUCUGCCCGUGCCCGACCCCGACCACGGCUACCACAGCCUGGAGGAGGAGCAGCAGCAGCAGAACAGGGGUGUCUGCCUGGAAAUCGGGGAGCAGCGCGGUAAUAACGGGGAUUUAGAGCAGCCUGAGGAUGCGGGGAUUCAGCCCGGAGGGGUCCCCGAGGAGCAGGAGGGGCUCCGGGGUGCGGCUGAGGAGGGGGAAGCCUUGGCUGAAGAGGAACGUGAGGACUCGGAAACAGAGCAAGACUUCCCAAUAUCCACCAGACCUGUCUGUGCGAAUAAAUUAAUCGAUUAUAUCAUCGGGGGAGUAUCCAGCGGCGAGGAGAGUGAGGGUGAGGAAGACUGGGAUGAUGGUGAUGAUGAUGAUGAUGAUGAAGAUGAUGAUGACGGGUUUGACAGCGAAGAGCUGCCCUCCGACUCAGACGCCGGCAGCCAGGACGGGGAGAGGCUUCAUCUGUGGAACUCCUUUUACAGCUUGGAUCCCUACAACCCUCAGAACUUCACGGCCACCAUCCAAACGUCUUCCAGCGAGCCGGGAAAGGGAAUGUCGGACAUGGAGGAGGAGGAGGAGGAGGAGGAAGGCUCAUGGGCAGAGUCCUCUGAGGGCUCGCCUAGUUCCGAUGAGGACGAGUGGGACUGCGAGAGCGUGGAUGAGGCGGAGAGCUUGAAACUUUGGAACUCGUUCUGUAGCUCGGACGAUCCCUAUAACCCUUUAAACUUCACGGCGGCUUUUCAGCCCGCGGAGAAAAAAGGGACGCCGGCUUUGCCAGGGGCGGAGAGGGCGAGCUGUGCCCCCUCGGAGCAUUCCGGCGUGUGCAGGGCACGGCUGCAAAAACACAACGGCGGCAGCGCCGAGCUGGGCCAGAGCAGCGAGAAAACUGCCAGCUCCAAGCGGAAAAAGGUGACAUUCCAGGAGGAGGUGACAGAAUAUUACAUCAGCAGCGAGGAGGAUCGCCGGGGGCCCUGGGAGGAGCUGGCGCGGGACGGCUGCCGCUUCCAGAGGCGCAUCCAGGAGACCGAGCAGGCCAUUGCCUUCUGCCUGAGCCCCCAGCACCGGCUCCGCGUGCUGCAGAGGCUCCAGCAGCCCCAAUCCCACAGGACUGACCCCUUCUAGAACCUUCCACCCCCUCCAAUUCACCUCACCCAUCCGUUCGUCAAAUCUCAACCACACCUGGCAGCUGCAUGUGUUGAAAUGGGGGAGAAAAAUCAGAUUUUUUUUUUAUUUUUACCCCCCUGAUUUAAUAUUGAGAAAUUGUUUUGAUAACCUUGGAGCUCCCUUGAGAUUGGGAGCCCCAAUCCCACAGGACUGACCCCUUCUAGAACCUUCCACCCCCUCCAAUUCACCUCACCCAUCCAUUCGUCAAAUCUCAACCACACCUGGCAGCUGCAUGUGUUGAAAUGGGGGAGAAAAAUCAGAUUUUUUUUUAAUUUUUUUUUUUUCCCCAUGGUUUGAUAUUGAGAAAUUUUGAUAACCUUGGAGCUCCCUUGAGAUUGGGAGCCCCAAUCCCACAGGACUGACCCCUUCUAGAACCUUCCACCCCCUCCAAUUCACCUCAGCCAUCCAUUCGUCAAAUCUCAACCACACCUGGCAGCUGCAUGUGUUGAAAUGGGGGAGAAAAAUGAGAUUUU